AUGCUGUCCACUGUUGGUGGGGCACGUCGCGGCGGCGGCGGCGCGGUGCCGCGCUGUGCGGCCGGCGGAGGGUGCAGGCGGGCUGAGGGCGCCAUCAGGUCGGCGGUCCGGCGGUGGCCGCGGGCGGACCGAGGGCGCAGCCAGGUAGGUGGUCCGGCGCGGUGGUGCAGUGCCACGCCGCACGGCCUCGGAGGGCGCAGGCGGGCCAGGCGAGUCGUCCGGUCGCAGCGUGCCGUGCCGGGAGGCGUCGCAGUAGGGGCCGGGGCCGCUGCGGCACCGCUCGGCGGCCUCGUCGUCACCGCGGCUUCGUCGGAGGCAGGUUGCGGGGUGCCGCGCGGUGGUGGCGACAUCGCCGGGGGAGAUGUGGAUCGGGAAGAGGAGCCGAGGAGGAGGAGAUGCGUCGCAGCAGGUGCCGGGGCCGGGGCCGCUGCGGCGCCCCUCGUCCCGGAGGCGAUGCUGGUUCGAGGAAUCAGGAUUUUUUUUUUUUCUGUGUCGGGCUCUUCUACGGAUGGGGGACGGGCUCUUCGAGGGAGUCCGGGUCUCCGGGAGCGACCUGGAAACUUCCAGCAUGGGCGACGUGGAGGGGAGCAGAAGGAAACGACAGGAGCGCUACAAGGUAACAGUAACAACCGUCCGUACAUCUACGCGUGA